CUGCUGUGAGUCGAUGAUAUUGCUGUUUUGUUCUUGCGUUUUGUCUGCUCUCAGACUGUGUAUCGAGCAUUUGUGUUGCGGGAAAAUAAAAAGUUUUUCCUGGCACCUGAAGCUUCCCUGCCUCCUGUUUUCAACCUCUUCCACCUGAAUCCGAACUUGCCUAGAUUCCUUUUAUUUGGGGAUCAAUAUGUCAGGACUGUAUUUGCACAAACAUAAACAUACUGAAUCUUCUGGAAGUAAUGCAACUAUCCAUGUUUUGUAUAUAUAUUUUAUAAUCAAUAUUUUUUCUGAACUUUCAAUACCAAAUGAACAGUUUGUGAGUAUCAAAAUAUCAAACCGUAUUGAUCUGCAUCUCCAUGGUGUGGAGGAUGAAUUUAGGAGUCUUAUUGUUUGCGGAAAGAGACUGUACCAUAAUCCGGUGGCACAGCACUGGAUACAUUUGUAUCACUUGUCAAAAGGCUGAAGGAUGAACGUGCUGUGGCUGGGGUGAAGUCUUUAGGUAUCCUUUUGGGUGUGUUCAAGAUUCUGCUUCUGUUCCCUCAUUAUAUAUUCCCUGCUUUAUAUUUGGUUUAUUCCUGUUUAUCUUCUCCUCCAAUCUCUGUUUACUCAUAUGUGUCACCCUGGAGAUGUGACUAUCUGGUUUUCCCCACCUAUACAGUUGCACAUCUGAAUCAUAUCUGCUCAUCAGCUCCACCUAAUACCAGCUGUAUUCACCAUCCAGUGGUAUUGUGUCUCAGGACAAAUUCCCUUGUGUAAGUCCUCAAUGCUGCUUGCCUAUGUGGCAAGGAGUGGUGUUUAAUUUUGAUUUUUCAGAUAAAUUUAAGAGCCGACAACGCCACCUGGGGACUUGCACCCCAGGAUAUGAAAACCUAGAAGACAAGUAUAAUAAAGAAGGAAUCUACAUAGGACACAGGUUCAAGACACAACAGGCAGAGACAGUAGAUGCGAUAAAGUAAAUGGAUUUUAUUGAAAUACUGCAAAUUAAUCAAAACUAAACCUAGAAGAAAAAGGGAUGAGAACUGCUGGGAAGAAAAGAAAAAAUGCAAACAUAUAAGUAUAAAAGAGAUGGUUUUAUUAACAUAAACAAUCUAAAAUGGCCGGCUACAGCACUAAAAUUCUAAUAAAUAUAACAAGAAAAACUAAAAUCAGUGGACUGGGGCCUCAGGGGGAGGCAGACUACUGUGGAAGUGUUGCUCAUCACUAGCCUGGGUGCAACACUACAAACACAACACAACACACCUUAAAAGUGCCCCAAUGCCUAAUUUCAUGCAAAUGUGAGGUCCUCACCACAGUACCUAGCCUCCCACCUGAUGGCACCCAGGGCACUCUGAAACCAAAGAAACAAAGAUUAACAAAACCCAACAAGACCAACAACCCAAUUGAAAAAAGAAAAGGAAAAUCUAACAAACCAAACAAACCAACAGCAGGACAGCCACCUGCAGAAACCAGAAACCAGAAACCAGAGCCAGCUGCGGCCUUUUAUGCUGCACCUGAGCAGGGGCAGGAGCUAGGAGGAUCUUGUUGGACUUCUUGGUUGCGUUCACAGCACCUCACUACACCUACAAGUGAUCUUUGAUCUCUUUGUGCUUCAGGUUCUGUUCCUUGUCACUCUCAACUCUCUGUGCUCAGCUCCAAGAAACCUCUCUGGAUAAUCAGCCAUCAGAUUACCUGUCAGCUUGGAUGCCUUCUCAUGGAUCACCUACCUUGCCUCAGCUCUGUCUCCUGCCUUUCCACUCUGCUCAGCCUCUUGUGGAAAACUCUUCUAAAGGACCUUGCACAAACAGCCUCAACUCUACAGCUUAUAUAGUGUCUUAUAUUCACACCUAUAUUGACUCAGCCAGUGCCAUAAAUACUGAAGAUAAAUCUACACAGUAUCCUCCUAUCCUCAUGCUCAUGAUUUUACUUUUUACAAAUAAGUAGUCUACACACAUUCUUUAGGCAAAUUCUCAAAUAAAAGAAAGUAUACAUUUCCACCAAAGAAAAAAAUCCCUCCAUAUGGUUUAACCCUGUUAUGUCAGCAUGACAUCGCCAACACCAUAAAAAUCAGGAAAUGCUGGGUGGGCUCUCUUUUCAAACAAUGGUCCUGCAUAGUUGGUCUGAACAAAAGAAUAGUAAGUAUAAGAAACAAACAAUUGAACAAUACUGAAACCCACAACAAAAUAAAAGUAACUGAAACUAACGUGUACGUAUGUGUGUUUGCUUUAACUUACACAUUUUCUUAAAUAUAAACUGUAACAUAAUGCUGACAAAAAGAAACCUGGGAUAGUUAGUGAAGCUGUAUUACUUAAGCAAUGGCAAAUUAAAAAAAAUGGGUUGACAAUUAAAAUGAACAAACAUAAGAAAUUGUAUUGAGGCACCCUGAAACACACACACACACACACACACACACUGAAUAAUUGGCCAUCUCUAGUUGGAUGAUACUUGUUCUUCUUCAUCUCAUGAUGCAUUUUACAGUUCCUGAUUGGACAACAGUUACAGUAAUGAGAGAUAUUGAUAAGUAUUAAGGUUCUGCAAAGAAAACCUAUGCACUAAUGCAUGAACAAUCUUGAGGGUUUAACAGGUUUUAGAUAUUUUUCUUUUUCAAAUGCCAUUGCUGAAAGUGUCUGUUGUUUCUGACUAAAGUAUCAUACAAAUUUUUGACAUACAUUUUUCCACUGUAUUUCUAAUAAGAAGAACUGCAUUGAAUUGUAGGAACCCUGAACUAUGGCACCAGAACUCAGUGUCAACAGGACCACCAUUGGGACUGAAAUACACCCCUGCUAUGAAAUAGAUAAUUUCAAUUACAAACUAACAAACAACCCUUCCAUCAUGUGUGUAUUAUUAUAUAUUUUUCUUGUAUCAUUGUCAGUCAUCACAAUAUGUGGAAACCUUCUUGUAUUAAUCUCCAUCAUUUACUUCAAACAGCUCCACACUCCUACAAACUACCUUAUUCUCUCUCUGGCUGUGGCUGACCUGCUUGUUGGGAUUAUUGUCUUUCCUUUAAGCAUGGCAUUCUCUCUCAGCUCAUGUCUUUAUUAUGAGGAUCUCUUUUGCAAAGUUCGAGGCAGUUUUGAUAUAUCACUGAGCACAUGUUCUAUUCUAAACCUAUGUUGUAUUUCCAUUGAUAGAUACUAUGCAGUGUGUCAGCCUCUGACAUACAGAACUAAAAUCAACCAUAGUGUUGUUGCGAUCAUGAUCCUGGUGAGCUGGGUGGUUUCUGCUCUGAUUGGAAUUGGUGUCAUAACUGGUGGUUUAAACAAUGACAAAUGUGAGGACAGGUGUUUAAUUGAUGUUCUCAUUGCAAACACUGUUGGACCUAUUUUAUCAUUUUACCUCCCAGUGAUCAUAAUGCUCUGUAUCUAUUUUAAGAUUUUUCUUGUUGCACAGAGACAGGCAAACAGCAUUCAGAACAAAACCUGUCAGGGCACAAAGUCUGGAGCAACUGUCAGUAAGAUGGAGAGAAAAGCCACCAAAACUCUGGCUAUUGUUUUGGGGGUUUUUCUUUUAUGUUGGACUCCUUUCUUCCUUUACAUCACUUUUGUGCCUUUAAGUAAUAAAUCAGCACCAGUUCCUGUUAUUGAAACUCUUAACUGGCUUGCACUAUCAAAUUCAAUGUUCAAUCCAUUUAUUUAUGCCUUCUUUUACAGCUGGUUCAGGGCAGCUUUUAGAAUGAUCAUUUCUGGAAAAAUAUUUCAAGGUGAUUUUGCUCAUUCAAAAUUGCAUUGACUCACUCAACAGAGUGGCUACAGAAAAUAUCAACAAUGGAUGCUGAUUUAAUGAAAGUUAAUGUUUUUAUACUGAAAUUUAUCCUGUGAAACUCUCUGUCUAACUGAAUGUUAAGGCUUGUAUUUAAUAAGUUUGCAUAUAAAUGCUAAUGUCUCAGCAAACUCUUUCUUUUGUUGUUUUGUGAAGCAAAUUUCAGGCUUUUACUUUUCUUUUAAUUCAUACAUAUUCACUAUUUUGCAGGAUUUUUUCUGUUCUUAUCUUUGUUGGAUAGAAACCCUGUUCAAAACAUAACAUUCAGUGAAGUUUUCAGUCCUAUUCAUACCAAAUAAACUUUUUCUUGUCAUGGCAGUCUUUAACUGCUAUUGGUAAAAUGUAGCUGAUUGAGACAAUCUAUUUAGUGCACCUCCAGACAUUUGUAUGUGUGGACACACACACACACAUAUUAUUUAGCCUUGGGGAAGACCCUUUAUCAGUACACAAAGCAAGGCCCAUAAAUGAGUCUGGUGUGGAAGAACCUGACUGACCCUUUAAGGGGUUGAAGCCUUGACUUCAACCCUAUGAAACACCUUUGGGAUGAACUGGAACAGAAAUUGUAAGCCAGGCCUUUUCGUCCAACACCAGUGACCUGACAAAUGCUCUACUGCAUGAAUGGGCAAAAAUUACCACAGAACCUGUGCAAUACUUGAGCAAACUGCAUUUAGUUCAGUUCCAUCAUUGAAUAUUCUAAAUGGCAAUCUCUGGCAAUUUCUUCCCUCCAUCUGUUUUAGUGGAGAUGGUAACAUGAAGAUGAAGUGACUGCGCAGGGUACAAAUCACAAAAAGAACAUGUUCAUUUUACUAAAUAGGUGGACACAGGUGGUACCCAAGUCAAGUAGUGGCCUCAGGACAAAGACUGAGACAUUUAUUUUUUUUUUUCCCCCCCGAAUUUUGCUUGUUGCAGUUUACAGAUAACUUUUAAUUUUGUUUUCAGUCUAUUUCUUUGGGUCAUGCAAAAAUAACUGCACUUUUUAUUUUUUCAGCAUUCUAAAGGUGUUCAUAUUAUGUCCUUAAUAACUAACAACUAGAUGAAAAAGAAUUUUUUCUAAAUUUUGAUCAGUAACCUGCAAUGCCAUUACUAUGGCAGAUCCAAAAAUCCUGGAUAAGCACCCUAACCCAACAUCUAGGGUAAAAUAACCCACCCACCUAGGGUUGGUCAGGGUGAAAAUUGAGUAUUUGUUUAGGUAGGACUUUUUUGGUCACGUAACAGGGGAGAAUUAGACAAUACUUGAAAAGUAUGUUGUGUUGACUCUAUACAGGAACUCUUAUUGCAUUGAUAAUCAAAACUGAAAUUAGGGCUGAAAGAUUUAUUGGGUUUUUGUUUUUUUGUUUUUUUUGCCUUUUUUUAACCAAAAAAGCAAUUUUAAGAAGUAUGAUUAGUAAGCUGCAAAGGCUGUGAUUUUUUUGUUUUUUUAUAUAACUCCUAACUCAUGUAGUGGUUGAUCACGAAUACAUCCAUCCGUUUUAAAUUCAUGUUGCCGUCCUUGUGUAUCAGACAGUCAUGUUAACUAAUUAGAAGUGUCAUUCCCCUCGUGUCCUAGGCAUGCUCACCAAUUAGAAGUGGCUCAAGUUGAAAAGACUGUGUAUACACCCACAAAGAAAAACCAUGCAUAAAGGCUCUUGUGGUGUGAAAAUGGCUGCAGCAGGAGGUUGUGAAAUUGGUGCCAAAGAAGAAUGGCAAUUCGAUUAUUUGGCAGUAUUCCUGCUUUGAGAGAAGUGAUGUGAUACAAAUGAAUGUCGUGCAAAACCUGCCAUUGAACUAUAGCUACCUCCAGAGGCAACAACGCAAAUUUGUAUCAACAUUUGAAGAAUCAACACCGGCAGCAAGUAUGAUGCACGUAAAGAAGACAAAAGUGUAGUCACUCUUGGUGCUGCCCAAGACAAAAGUGAUCAAACCUCCAUCACAGAGUAAUUUGCUGCAGUAACGCUAGGGGUUCACGAAGGUGUAAGAUAACUAGCGCCAUUGCUCCUUACCUCGCAAAAGACAUGGUGUCUAUUUAUACGGUUACCAGAGACGGCUUUCAAAAUCUUCUUCGAACACUGGACAAAAUAAUACACCAUUCCAUCCCAGUCAUAUUUAUGUCAAGUGGCAACCCCACAACUGUACACUGGAUGUAAGGGGAAAGUUGAAGCUGAUCUCAAGCAUGUACAAUAUUAUGCCACAACGUUGUUAAAGCUGUGGGACUCAAUCAGUGGAUGCGGGUGCAGUGUUUUGGCCACAGGCUGCACCUGGCUAUUGGUAAGUGUAGACCUCUCACCCUCUCCCUCUCUCUCUGACCCUGUUCCUGUGUGUGUUUAGUUAAUGUGCGCUUGACUUGUUUUCAGUGCUCUUAAUGCUCUCGCAAUGAUUAGUGAUUUAUUUGUUGUAAUUGCUGUUGUUAUUUAUUUAUUGUUCUUUUUGAGGAAUUUUUAUAUUAUUAUUGUUUUGAUCAUUGCAUUUUCUGCUCAUAUGCAACACUGUAUCUUAGUCAGUUUAGAUUGUGGUUCUUUUUUUCCAGAAAGUGCUGAGAAAAAUGAUCCAAGAGUGAAUUGGGAAACAGGUAAACAAUUGGUUGGCCAUCUCUCACAAAGCUGGAGAAAGAAGACCAAACUUAUGGAUGCACAGAAAGAGUUAAAUCUACCAGAACAUUUGCUGAUUACAGAAAACCCAACAAGCUGGGGUUCAAGGCAGAGGAUGAUUGGAGCAGAGUAAGACCUUGUCUCAGGUUCUUUUGGAAGAUAGAAAGACACAGCACUUGGUACCCACUUGGCAGGACACAUAGGUCCUUGAAUCAAUCAACAAUGCCCUUCAUCCUCUCCAGGAGAUUACAGAUGUUCGCUCUGGUGAAGAAUAUGUUAGUGUGUCAUAGCUGGAACCAGUCCUGCAUCUCCUGAGAAUAUCAACUCUGGCAGAACAUGACGAGAAUACAGACCUAACCAAAGCAAUAAAGUCAAGAGUCCUUGCCUACAUGGAAGAUAAAUAGAUAAAUACAGAGACCCCGCCACACAGGAGCUUCUGGACAUCAAUUGAUGAUUCAAGAUUAACUACAUAAGCGUUGAGACUAUCCCAGCCACCAAAGAAAGAGUGAAGGUUGAAAUGGAACUGUUAAUAAAAAUGGUCAUUUGUCAUGCUUUUAUGUGCAAUUCAGAAUAUGAGAUGUAAUCUGCCAUACAAAUUUAUAACAGCCAGUCUCAUACAGUACAUUUUCCUCUCAUCCUCGUAUUAGUAUAGCAGGUUAUAUUUCAGUGUUCUUUUAAAUGGUAAUGCUCUCUCACAUGUUUUAAAUGUAUAUUGUGAACUGGAUCUUGACUAAAAAUAUUAUAUUGCAAAUCAAAUCGCAACAUCUGUCAGAAUCGUUCAGCCCUAAAUAAAUAAAUCAUCAGAUCCCCAUUUUAAACGACCUAACUUUCCAGUUAAAAUAAACAUUCCUAUAAUUCAAUCAUUAUGAAUAAUUAAGGGUAUGGCUGUUCUGAGUGACAGGUAGUCACUAUC